AUGGCUCUGUUUGGUUUCACGUACCGAAGCGCAACCGUAUCGACCUACAAUACAAGCAGUAAUGUGAGAAGUGAAACAGGUGGGUUUGGUGCAAAGCCAUUCGCUCCUUUCGUCCCAAAACUAAACAGAGGUGAUGGUUACUCGGAUGAGAAGGUUGGGAAUAAAAAAAUAGUUCCAGUUGGUAGGAGGCCUUAUGACUACGAGAGUGAUGAUGAUGAAUGGAAGCAUGGUGCACGUGCCUCUAACUCACCACGUAAACUUGAUCCACCAAACUCCACUCCCGUCACUUCUUCACCUCAUUGGGCCCACUCCUCCCACCCAAAACCUUACAUUCAGAAUUAUGACCACCUUGAUGCUCCUCGUAAGCCAUCUUGGGGUGCCAUUAACCAUGCUGGUUAUACAAGUCCUGUCAUCAAGGACAACUAUGAUCAUGGCUACGGGUACAAGCCCAAGUCCACCGUCACUCCCGUUUAUAAUGAUGGCUAUGGUGUUGACUACGGAGACUACAACAACAAAGAAGGGUACAAGCCCAAACCCAAACCCAUGCCUAAGCCCACUGUCUCUCCUGUUUAUAAUGAUGGAUAUGGUCCUGACUAUGGAGACUACAACAACAAAGAAGGGUACAAGCCCAGGCCCAGUUCCACUCCCUUUUAUAAUGAUGGAUAUGGUGCUGGAGACUACAACAACAAAGAAAGGUACAAGCCCAAGCCCACUUCCGCUCCCGUUUAUAAUGGUGGUGACUAUGGAGACUACAACAACAAAGAAGGGUACAAGCCCAAGCCCACUUUCGCUCCCGUUUAUAAUGGUGGUGACUAUGGAGACUACAAUAAAAAAGAAGGGUACAAGCCCAAGCUCACUGGUACUUCUCCCGUGCAUAAUAAUGGACAUAAUGAUGACUAUGGUAGCUACAACAACAAAGAAAGGUCCAAACCUGAACCCACGGACAGUCCCGUUUAUGAUCAUGGAUAUGGUAGUGACUACAACAAAGAAGGGCCCAAGCCCAAGUCCAGUGAGAUUCCUGUUUAUAAUAGUGGAUAUGGUAUUGGAGAUGGAAGCCCAGCUGGAGGCGACAACGAUUACGGUGGCUAUCCCAACAACAAGCAGGGUGGGCCGAAAACCAGUCCAGGUUGGAGCGAAAAACCAAGAAAAGGGACUCCACUAAGUAAGCCCAUGAAUGAUAUCGACGAGGCCAUGGAGAUGUUGAAGACACAAGCAGCAAUGCGGAACGGAGUGCCCAAAGCACAUGAGAACAAGCCCUAUUAUGAUGGUCCUGGGCCAACAAGCCCAAAUGAGAAGAGCAUGAAUCUGGUGAAUGAAAGUGAAAAGCUAAAAAAGAUUGUGACGAGUGCGCCACAAACUCCAACGAAGGCAACCUUCAGUCUUUCAUCGCAACGACCGCGCUUCAAUUUCAAUGAUGGGAAGCGUCGUGAUUAUGGAGUGAUGGAUCACAAGGAAGCUGAGAGAAAGUUUAACGGCAUGACAAUCUCAUAA